UGUCACAAAGAUGCAGGAUGGCAUGGGCAUGUAGAGACAACACAAAACAACGAAGACCUGCAGCUAGUGGGUUGCAGUUUUUUUCUUGGGCAGUCAAUUUAGAGAAAAGGUUCUGCUACUCUAUGACUUUCUUUGUGUCUUUAGUGAAGAAACUUCAGGACGCCAUUGAAAAAGACAGAGGAAAUGUCUUCAGCAAGCUGAGUGACUAUGAGUCUAACAUUGCAGAUCUUAUCAAGAACAGCAGUCACUUUAAGAACAGUACUCAGAUGACAGUUGAACAGUCCCAGAAAGAAAUCACAGAUCUCCUGAAGAAAUCAAUUGAAGCUUGGGCAGCCCUCCAAACUACCUGUGCCAAUACAACAGAGAGCUCAGGGUCCUCUGAUUCUCCUUGUGAUGCUAAUUGGCUGGCUGUUAAUGAGAGCUGUUACUACUUUGUAUUGAAGCCCAAGGACUGGUACAGUUCCAAGAAGUUCUGUGCAAACCGCAAAGCCACAUUAGUUGUUAUCAACGGUGAAGAAGAGCAGGAAUUUAUCACUAAGCAACAUAGCUCCAAGUAUUUCUGGAUUGGGCUAAGCGACACUGAAGAAGAAGGCGAAUUCAAGUGGGAGGAUGGAACAAACUUCACAACCACAACAACGUUCUGGAGGACCGGUCAACCAGAUGAUUACAAUGAUAACGAAGACUGCAUUGCACGAGAUACUGAAAAAGGCACCUGGAAUGAUGUACCUUGCAAUUCCAAGUAUUUCUUCAUCUGUGAAAAGACAUCCCUUUUACUUGAUGAUAUAAACAUGCAGUGAACAGCAACAUAUAAUAUUUAAGGUUGAACUGUGUUGAAAGUUGAAAGUUAAGGUGACACUUUAGUUUAGGUACUGCAAAAUUGCAUCUAUUAUUCAUUUACUCUUUUCUAACCUUAACAAAGGCUUCUUUUGGUUUAAAUGAUAUAAGGCAUCAGUAAAGUGGUAAUUCAUCUGUGCAAUGUGGCCUACAAAAAUAACUUCAAUUUGGAAUGGUCAGAAAUGUCUUAAGUGAGACAUAUUUCUGAUAUUACUUACUUGAAUCAAUGGCUUGUGAAUCAUUCAUAUUCAUAACUAAUCCUACCAGUAUAUCAAAUGUCAUUCUGCACACAGAUGAAUUACCUAUUUAUUGGUGUUUUAUUACCAC